UGCUGGUUUCCGAAAACAUUACCGUCAAAAUGUCACCUACAAUACUUAAAUGUAACAUUCCGCAGAAGUGGCGGGUCGGUUCGGAUGGGAACUAGAAGAAUGCCAAAGAAUGGGUCCAGAAAAGCAGCAACAUGUUCCCUCCCUGGAACUUGUCGAGUUUGUACGUCCCUACACCAGUGAUAAGAUCCUGUAUGUAAGCAAGAUCUCCAGCCAGCUGUCUGAAGGAGAAGUCUACUUCAGACUGUGCAAGGCUUUUGAGCCAUAUGGACUGAUCAAUGAUGUUCAUGUGGUGAAGCCAUCUGUGCGGCUUCAGACAGCGACUGAGGGGCAGCAGGAGGAAAGGUCAUACUACUAUGCCUUUGUCAAGUUCUACUUAGCUAGAGAUGCAGCCAAAGCAAGAGCUGGCCUGAACGGAAAGUACUUGAUCGGGAGACAGCCUAUCUUGGUCCAGCAUGCUACCAAGAUGAAGAAGAGAGAACCUUCUCCCCUCCCCUUCUCUAAAUGUUUGGACCUUGCCAACCACUUCCUGGGUUUUGAUGGCUGGUCUUCACAUGUUGUAUCCUUUGGCCAAGACCCAGAAUCACCCCAGCACGAUCCCAACUCCCUGAGAUACAUCUGUGUUAUGAAGAUAGAGAUCAGAGGUUGGGACCUCUCCUGUGGAGGGGUUGGGUUAGGGGAGAAGACUAUAGACCCAACAAGACCAGAGGAGAGAGUUUCCCUCAUUGGAGCUGCUAUGAAAACUGCAGUCAACCGUGCUCUUCAGAAUGCCUUUCAGAAGGUCAUUCUCAUCGUCAUGGACAACAAGAAGGUUGCCGUGGAAAUCAACAACACUGUGCCUGAUGGGAUACCGAACAGUACUGAGGGGGAAGCACACAUGGUUCCAGUCAGUGUACAGGAUGGAGGGACUGGUGAAGAGGAUGAUAUGGAGCUGUUGCUUGCUCAGAUGGAAAGUUAUUGAUAAGAAUGACUUAGUAUUAUGAGGCAAACCUAAAUACUGGCUUACUUCAGGAAAUUCUGGGUCAUGUCUUGUUUCUGUUAAUACUUCAAAUUUGAGAAGACUCUAAAGUGAACAUACUUCAUGGAAAGCACUGUUGUACAGAGAUGACUUUUAAAGACCUUUCUAACUUCAAUAUUACUCACUUUGGGUCAGGUUCUAUUCCUCUUAAAGUUUCAAAGUUCUGAAGACCCCGUGAACAUACAUGUACUUGCAGAAAGGCUCUUCUCCUAAAUUGACUAAGACUGUCUGAAGACAGACCUUUCCUACUUUAAAUCAUUGUACCGGUAGUCAUUCACUCUUACAAUGAUGCAACAUUAUUGGAGUGUAUGUGCAGUCGUGGCAAAAUUAUAAUUAUUUCCUAUUUAUUUUACGAUAAAGGUAAAUAAAUAAAUAUAUUAGGAUCCAAACAAGGCCUCACCUGAUACUAAAGGUGACUUAAAAGUUUAAAGAUACAUGUAUGUUAUAGUUCACCGAAAUUUAAUAGCAUUCAGAGCACAGGGCACUGCUGAGGUACGCCUCCAGUUGUGGUAGGAUUUACAUGGAUGUAAGCUACAGUUGGAAAUAAAAAUACAAGGUUUGUGGUUACUAUUUAUUAAAAAAUGAAGAUGAGGUAUGAAGGUUCAAGAAUAUUGGUUAAUAUUUCUUCUCAAAAUCUAAUACUAGUAAUCUAUUCUAUAUGUAACAAUCAAGGCCUAAGUAUCCAAAGUUAAGUUUCUACCAGUGGUCAUAACAGAUCAAUCAACAAUCCAAUCAAACAGCAAACUACUAGUAGUAAAAAUAUGUACACCUUAUACUAGUAGGCUCUUACAUUCUUACUGUAACAAUUAUACUUUAUCUUUUCCUGUUAUCAUUCCUUUACUCAUGAUGCCACAAUGUAGUCAAGUUUGACACAUUAAAACUAUUUUUUCACCA